AUGACAUGGCUCACAUUGGAAGCCCCCUUGAUUGACUGGCAACAGGGACUUGUCACGUUUCCUGAACAGGCCCAAAUAGCAUCCAAAGAAGAAGCAGAUAUCAACCCAUUAGCAGACCUUCCGGGACAGUACCAUGAAUUCGCUAAGGUCUUUGGGGAAGAAGAGUUCAAAGUCUUACCCCCCCAUAGGGAAUACAAUAUAGCUAUUGACUUAUUACUGGACGCCAAACUCUCACCUGGUCCAAUUUAUGGCAUGACUGACGCAGAAUCCAAGGCGCUGAAACAACACAUUGAUGAGGAGCUAGCAACGGGCAAGAUCCGCCCUAGUACCUCCUUGGCAGGUGCCCCAGUCAUGUUUGUGAAAAAAGCAGACGGAUCCCUCAGGCUAGUUGUUGAUUAUAGGAAGCUGAAUGACGUCACCCAUAAAAAUGUAUAUCCUUUACCAAGGCAGGACAAUCUCAUGGCUAAACUUAGGCAUGCCAAAGUCUUCACUAAACUGGACUUACGCUGGGGAACCAAAUAUGGCCUAUUCAAAUACCUAGUUAUGCCUUUUGGUCUUACCAAUGCCCCCGCCGCGUUCCAACAUUUUAUGAACGACUUAUUCAGGGAUCUUAUUGACGUCACUGUGGUCAUAUACCUGGAUGACAUACUGAUCUUCUCAGAGAGACCCGAGGACCACCCAACCCACGUCAGAGAAGUCCUAUCACAACUACUGAAGAACCAGUUGUUCUGCAAGCUGUCCAAAUGUCACUUCCACGUUACCACCAUGGAUUAUCUAGGAAUUGUCAUCUCACCUGCAGGCUUCUCAAUGGAUCAAAAGAAGAUAGAAGCCGUCACUUCCUGGCCCACACCCAGAACAGUCAAUUUGGUAGCACGUUCCCUGCACAACCUUACAAAAAAGGAAACCCCAUGGUCCUGGGGUAACCAAGAAGAAGAGGCAUUCCAAGAACUGAAAUCCCUGGUCACAAAGUCCCCAGUCCUGAUUCAUUCCAACCCCAAACUCCCCUACUACCUAGAGACAGACGCAUCAGGAGUAGCCAUGGGGGCAAUCCUUAGUCAACAAGGCCCGGACAACAGACUACAUCCGAUUGCCUAUAUGUCAAAAUUGUUCUCAGGAGCAGAAGCAAACUAUGACACCCACAAUAAAGAGCUUCUAGCAAUCAUUAAAGCCCUGGAGGAAUGGAGGAUCUUCUUAGAAGCCACGGACAAACCAGUACAGGUGUUCACAGAUCAUCGCAACCUUGAAUAUUGGAUGCAGGCAAGAACCUUCAACCAACAACAUGCUAGAUGGCGCGUAUUCCUGAGUGAUUUCAAUUUUGAGAUACAUUAUUGCCCAGGGAAACAAUCAGGAAAACCUGACGCCUUAUCCAGGAGGUCAGAUUAUACGGAUACGCCCCAGGAACCAGAGGUUAUGCUACCAGCCGAGGUAUUUGCCAACACAUCAGAAGAGGAACUUGAAAUUGUCACAGAAGUCCGGAACAAACUAAGGGAGGACCCAUCCCUAGAACCUAUCAUCCAGUUUCUGACGGAAGACGCUGAUAACGCACCCCCCUCUAUCCAAAAGGCCUACCAAGACUAUGACUGGGAGGAAGACCUUCUAUGGUACCAAGGGAAACUAGUAGUCCCAGACUCAGAGCCCCUGAAAGAACAACUGCUAAAAGAAUUCCACGAUUCUCCACUGGCAGGCCACCCAGGACAACAAAGGACACUGGAAUUGAUCAGCAGGUCUUACUGGUGGCCCGGUAUGAAGUCCUCAGCCAAGGAAUGGGUCGAAUGCUGCCCAGUAUGCCAAGCCAACCGACGAGCUCACGCACCAACCAUUGCCCUUAAACCUUUAGAAGUCCCCCUGUUCCCUUUUCACACCAUCUCAUACGAUUUCAUUACGGGCUUCCCUAAGUCAAACGGGCACAAUGCAAUACUAGUAGUCAUCGACUCCUUCUCAAAGUUUGGACACUUCAUCCCAAACACAAAGAAGGUCACAGCUAAGGGCCUUGCCGACUUAUUCAUUAGUCAUGUCUGGAAACUACACGGAUUACCAGUCAAAACCAUCUCGGACCGUGGAACAACAUUCACAGGGAAAUUCCUAAGAGCUCUGUACCAACAACUUGGGGUCAAACCAGCCUUCUCCUUGGCCUACCACCCAGAGUCAGAUGGCCAAACAGAAAGGGUGAAUCAGUUCAUAGAAUUCUACCUCAGAUCAUAUGUUGCCGCCGACCACUUGGACUGGGCUACCUGGUUGCCACUAGCGGAAUAUGCCUACAAUAACGCAAAGCACUCCGCCACCGGAAGAACCCCUUUUGAAUUAGUUUAUGGAAGAAAUCCCGUCAUGAAUCCAUCUAACGUUCCUGCCAACGUCCCAGAAGCUGACCAAGUGGCCAAUACACUAGCCCGAGAAUGGCAAGAGGCGGAGUCAGCACUCAGAAUGACCAAGGAGCGCAUGACAGGCACAAAAGGAGUGGUACCAAAAUACUCUGUGGGCAAAAAAGUCUGGCUGGACAGAAAAAACGUGGAACUUAGAACAAACUCCAACAAGCUGGAUCCAAAACGGCUAGGACCGUUUGAAGUCACCAAAAAAAUCUCCAGUCACGCGUACCGCCUCAAGCUACCGGAAACUCUGAAAAUUCAUGACGUGUUCUACGUAGGAUUAUUAUCCAAGGCACACAAAUCCCCAAGCCAACCAUUCCUGGAACAACCUCCCCCUGAAACAAUAGAGGGAGAAGAGGAAUACGAGGUAGAACAGAUCAUUGACUCCAAAAGGCAACGGGGUAAAUGGUUUUACUUAAUCAAAUGGAAAGGAUAUGGACCCGAGGACAACUCAUGGGAACCAGAGGAGCUACUUGAACAUAGUCAAGAGGAGAUUGAACGCUUCAACAAGUUGCAACUGAAAAAGGCUUUUGACAGCUUCACCAAGUAUGGUAUCUUUGUCAAAUGCUCCAAAAAGCUCAAGGCACCCAAACUAGCGGAAUUGUUCCUUGAACACGUGUGGAAACGGCACGGGAUGCCUGAAAAAACAAUCUCAGAUAGGGGAAGGGUUUUCAACAACAAAUUCCUGAAAGCUCUAUACAAACGUUUGGGAAUAGACCCCCACUUCUCUUUGGCAUACCACCCUCAGAGCAACAGCCAAACGGAAUGGGUAAACCCCUCAAUAGAACAUUUCCUUAGAGCAUACUCAGGGGUUAACCAGAGGGACUUGUCCUAG